CCAGUCUGUCUGUCUCACAAUGAGCUGGGAUGUCGAUGUAUUUACGCUGGAUUACUGCCUUGUGCUUCUCUCUGUCCUGGACUCUUGUUCAAGGGAGAAGAUGAUCUGCAGGAUCCUGCUGCUCAUCAUCCUCAACUCAUGUCUCUGUGCAGCAACAUUUGUAGUGAAUGUGACACAGAGCUCCUAUCAGGCAGAGGAGAACCACAGCAUCACUCUGGAGUGGACCUUCACCACCACACCUGAUCGACCCUGGAGAUUUCUGUUUAUUAUCUGCAGCUUGUUAACUCCUAGGAAAGAAUUAGUCCUUUAUCAGGUCCAUGAUGGUGUUGAGGUGUCAGAGUCUCAGGAUGAACAGUUUUCAGGACGAGUCCAGCUUGACAAAGACGUCCUCAGAGAAGGACGAAUCAGACUCCAUGUGUCCAGACUGAGGACUGAAGACUCUGGACAGUAUUACUGUGAUGUGACGACUGAUGAUGGUUCUGGUUCUGCAUGGACCAGGAUCACAGUAACCGACCCAAACUUUGUUAAAAUGACGACAACAGAACCGGUUCCUGAUAGAAACAUCACCACUCCAGCCCCACAGGAGGAGACCGUCAGUACCGGUGGACGGGUCAGGCUCUAUAUUUGUUUCCCUGUUUCUUCCUUCAUCAUUUGCUUGAGUGUGUUGUUGGCCUCCAUCAUUAGAAAAAGGCGAAAAAAUCAGGAAGUUCUUCAUCUGGCAGCUCCCAGACUCAGCAGGAAGAGCCCAGACCUGCAGAUCAACACAUGACAAUGUGUUCUGAACUCAUCCUUCAGGAUAAUGCAGAUUUAUCAGCUGGAGGAUGAUGAGGAUGAAAAGCUUCAGUUAUUUUUUUCUUUCUCUCCUCCUGAAGUUGAGCAGGACUGAACUUUUAGAAAGUCUUCUCUUGUUCCAUUGUGGACUUACUGGUCUCACUAGGCCACACUGAGCAUGCUCAGUACACCUUCAAAGUUCUUGCAGCAUCCUCUAACGUCACGGAUCAUAUGUGGGACCGGUUCAGGGAAACCAGCGUGACGUUUUUUGCUGUUGGUUGAAUUUCAUUCUUAAUAUCUGUAACUUUUAGAGACUGAGAUAUUUGCCAAGUUGAUAAAAAAAAACAUGAGUAAUGCAGAACUGAAAGCAGACAUCUCAUCAUCACUGAGAGGGGAACUCACUAAAAUGAUAAGAGACGAACUCAAAGGAGCACUAGCAGAAGACUUUACAGCUAUAAGAGUCGAGCUGCAGGCUGUCCACUCCAAAAUUGCUAACAGUGCAAAGCAAUACAAGCUGAAGUGGAUGUUAUAAAAGCUGACAUGGUAGAUAUGAAGGAUGGUCUAUCGAUGUGGCCAGAUGAAGUCACCUCUCUACAGUCUACGGUAACAAGUCUACGAAAAGAAAUGUCAACGCUCAAAGAUAAAUGUGAAGACCUGGAUAUACACAAUUCAGGAAAAUGUAUUUUAUGUUUUCAGACACUCUGAAUCUGGUGAAUUCUCACCUAAUUUCCAGAUAAAUCCACUGACUGAAAACGUCACCCCUUUAGGGGCUGCAUGGGACCAAUUGAUUGAAUU